UGAUGAAAAAGCUUUCGGGAGAAGCAAAAGGCAACGGCGGCAGAUGUUCAAGACGGCGGAGGAGGAGGAGGACGCGGUGUGUAUGUCACGGAGAGCUUUUGAAGCGGCGGCGCUGUUUGCCUCCCCCUCUCACCCCCGGCCGUCGCCUGCGGGAGACCGGUGACAAGCCGGCGCCGUAAGAAGAGGCGGGGCUUUGCACGAGCAGCCACCCCCCCGUACGAGGAAGCCGUUGCACGCUCGGAUCGUCCUGUAGGUGCAAGGAAGGCGGGCGAGGUGGGCAUAGCUGGCAGAUCCAGCUCUUCAUGGUUUAACACUUUCUGACAAGGCACUUAAAGAAGGAAUGGCAGAGAAAGUGAACAACUUCCCCCCACUUCCUAAAUUUAUCCCGCUGAAGCCGUGCUUCUACCAGAACUUCACUGAUGAAAUCCCAAUUGAAUACCAGACGCUGGUGAGACGGAUCUAUCGCUUGUGGAUAUUUUACUGCAUCACCUUGAGUGUUAACCUCAUUGCUUGUCUGGCUUGGUGGAUCGGUGGUGGAAGUGGUACCAAUUUUGGCUUGGCAAUUCUUUGGCUCGUCCUCUUCAGCCCCUGUAGUUAUGUGUGUUGGUUCCGGCCAGUCUACAAAGCCUUCCGAUCAGACAGCUCUUUUAAUUUCAUGGCGUUUUUCUUCCUUUUUGGAGCUCAGUUUAUCCUGACAGCCAUCCAGGCAAUCGGUAUCAGUGGAUGGGGAGCAUGUGGCUGGCUGGCUGCCGUAACUUUUAUUAGCACUAAUGUUGGAGCUGGUGUGGUCAUGCUCUUCCCAGCAGUUAUGUUCACCUUGUGCGCUGUUGGGAUGCUGAUAUGUCUCAUUCGGGUUCACCGGAUCUACCGUGGCGGAGGUGGGAGCUUUCAGAAAGCCCAGAGUGAAUGGCAGAAUGGAUCAUGGAAAGAUCCUCCAAGCAGGGAAGCCCAACACAGCAACUUUUCAGGAAACAGCCUCCCUGAGUAUCCAACGGUUCCCAAUUAUGGAAACCCCUGGUCCUGAUCCUGGCCUGCUAUUGGGCUGCUGAAGUAGUUUGGUUUGAGUUGUUGCAAGAAACACAUUGGGUUCCUCAUUUGAGCUUCUCUCUCUCUUUUUCUUUCUGUUUCUCUCUCUCUCUCCCUCUCUCUCUUUUUCCUUUAGGGGUGGUGCUCUUUCUUCCCCUAACCAUAGUUUUAUUUAUGGUUCUCCUUUUAUGACGGCAGCGGAUUGUGCCAAGACAUGGCUGUUGCCCAUAAAAUUAGUCCUAUUUUUAUUGAUAGGAAUCCCUUCCCCCCCGGCCAACACCUAUAUCAUUCUUGCCAACAGAUGCACAAGGAACUGGAUAAAACUGUCAUUUCUAUUGACUGCCUCGUUUUGAGGGAGCAGCCGUUCACCACCAAGGUUCCCCUGAAGAUUUUGGGACUUAACUUUUCUCACCUUUUCCCUGUUUUUUGAGCUUGCUUGUGUGCUAAUCCUGGCUCCCUGUAUCUUUGGGGAUCCUGCAGCUCAAGAGAUUGUUGUGAAAAGAAACAUGCGAUAGUGUGAUAGGCACAAAGAGCAGCUUGUUCAUGACGACAACUAUUUUUUUUUUAAUGUUUGCUGCUAUUGGAGCAGGAGUUUUGUAACUGAAUUCUUCUCCCAGGAAAAUAAUUCCUGGAAAUAGAAAGUUAGCAGCAUGAUUUAUCUUCUCACUAAACUGCUAGCUUUCCGUAUUGGAGAACUAUAUUAAUUAAGGGGGAUGAGUUCAAAUAUGGCCCCUGCUCUCCUAAAAUAGGACCCCUUUUCUGGAAGUUUCGACCUGUUAACAGGUCUUCGUUUUGCUUAUUUGUUUUGUUCAGAGUGUUGCUUUAUGCUCUCUUCCUCCUACCUUGCUGGCUAUUAACUUGCUUGCUAAAAGAGAAACUUCGAAGGGUGACUAUGACCUGGUCUGAGCCUGUCCCUCUUGGAAAUCCCCACCCCACCCCCCAUAAUUGAACCACAGAACUUUUCUCAUUGCUGGUACUGACAGAUCAAAUUCCGUUCGAUUAUUCCACUUCACCUCAAACCGGAUGGAUGAGAAUCUGCAAAGUGUCUAGACCCACAAUCAGGCUGCAUCUAUGAGUAUUUCUUUCCUCGUUUUUUUGUUUUUGUUUUUUUGAGGGGUGUCUAAUAGCCACUGAAUGCAAGGAGACUGUAUAUCAGUCUUUCUCAACCUCGACAACUUUUAAGAGGCGUGGACUUCAACUCUCAGAAUUCCUCAGCCAGCCAUGGUGGCUGUGGAAUUCUGGGAGAUGAAGUCCACACCUCUUAAAAUUGCUGAGGUUGAGAAACAUUGCUUUGGCUGGGCCAGUUCAUCAUUUCAGCAGUUCUCAUCUAUCUCUUCCACAACUUUCCAACGAUCUUGGGUCUCCUAUGGCUUUGGGGCGCCCUGAUCAGUCAGUGCUCUUCUUCUCACCUGUAUGAGUCUAAUUCUGGCAUCCUGGGAGGUAAAAUUCUCCGCAGAACUUGAGCCAAUUCCUUCUCCAAAGAUGCUUUUUGGAAGGUAUCAGUUAUUGUGCUACCUCGGGCAGUCUUGUCCAAUCUGAUCCAACACACUGGGGCAGCAGUGCCUUAGCUAUGCUGGUGAGGGAUUUCACAGUUUAUGCUCCCUAUAUAUCUGGAAGCGGCCAGAUGCAGGCUGCCUCAAAGCAUUCAGACUCCCAAAUCUUGGGCACAAACAAUAGCUGUUAAGUCAACUGGACCUUAACCCCUCGUCCAGCUAUUAGUUGCCUAUUCAAGCCAUUGCUUUUAUAUUUGCUUUCUGAGGAGCAGGCUUGUCCUGGUUCCCCCACCCCCACUUCUUCUUUACAAAAUACAUUACUUCUUGGGAAAAUGAUGUGGGUUUAUCCCAAAAAUGUGAAAAAGCACCUCCAGACAGAAUGGAGACCAGGGAUAGGACAGAGAAGUGGGUUGUAAUAUGUGCCUUAUCCGAUUUUCCCUACUCUGGUCUGUUUCUCUCCUCCCCAAAUCCCAGCCUUUCUUUCUUUCUUUCUUUCUUUCUUUCUUUCUUUCUUUCUUUCUUUCUUUCUUUCUUUCUUUCUUUCUUUCUUUCUUUCUUUCUUUCUUUCUUUCUUUUUUUGCAUAUUUAGUGACCCUGGAAGGAUUCCCUCCUGGUUCAUUGGGAAACUGCCUAUUUUGUAAAUAACAAGGGCCAAGUUCUCCCCCUCAAGUGAGCCAAAGAAAAUGAAAACUGGUAAUGCUAGAGGCCAAAAAUCUCCACUGGCCUUUCUUUGGGAACAGAUUCGUAAAAAUGAGCCUCUCUCUCUCUCUCUCUCUCUCUCUCUCUCUCUCUCUCUCUCUCUCUCUCUCUCUCUCUCUCUCUCUCUCUCUCCUUGUGAGAUUUCUUGAUACAUUCCAAACGUGGGCUUUGAAAAAAAAAAGGUACCUGCCAUUUUAAAACGCAUUACACUUGUUCCAAAGUGCCAGAGAGCCGCCGCUUUAAAAUUGCCUUGCUGACAUCACGGCCGUUGCAUUGCAUGAGCUUUACUUCCUCUGCCUUUGCCUUAAUUGCUUUUUUUUAAAAAAAAUAGAGCGGGGGGGGGGAGAGAAGAAUUGCUGCCUAGGUAAUAGCUGCUCUGCAGGGUCCCUGUUACAGGCAUGCCCCAUCUCCAUUUCCUCAGAGGAACCCCCUGCUAAACAUUUCCUCAGUAUCACCAGUUGCUCUUUUUUUUUUUACCCUGCACUUUUGGACUUCCCAGUUUGGCUGCUGGGAAGAGAAAUGAGAUGACUGGUUCUUGAAACUCAGGAUACCCAGGCAGGCAACUCCUGGGGUACAAGGCUGCCUUAAAAGCAUCUUGGUGGACUCCCAGAUGGAUGGCCGUUUUCACAAAAAGCGGGGCGAAGCGGGACCAGACUUCUUGCCAAAUUGCGGAGGGGUUCUGUUCCUUCUGGGGGAGUCUCAGUCAGCGAAGACCCCCUCAAGUUCUCCUUUUAACACCAGUUAAACAACAACCACAGCAGCAGCAGCAGCAAAUGUUGCUCCUUUUGGGUUAUUUUGCAGAAGGGGGAGUGGGCUUGUAGUGCAAGGCCAGCUGUUCUCUGGGUACCUAGCGGGAAUUCUAAUACCAGAGAAGAAAAUGCCCUAGAUGAGAUCUGCAAAAUCAAAUUAUCCAAGCAGAAAACUGGGGUCUUGGCAAACAUUUGGGUGAGGGUAUCUCACGGGAAUUCACUCAUUUCUGUGCCAUGGCUCUGCCCACUCCAGGAACCCCGCCAACCAUCAUCUCCCGCUGCAGUUUCUGUUCUGGCGCUCUUCGCUCUCUUCCUCGAAUCACGCUGACCUUCAGAACAACGUUUUGAGACCUGAAUCGCUUGCCAAUGUAUCAUGUCCGCCAUUGUCUUAAUAUAAUGUACUUAUAACACUUAAUAUUUUUUUGUAAAUGUUUACAUUAUUCCCAAGGGAACUAAUAACAUGGGUUUGGGUCAAGAGAUGGAUUUUGUGGAGAAUUAACUCUACUAUUCUUAUUCUGCAUCAUGUUGUAGAUUAUUUGUUUGCAUUGUGAUGUGGUGUGGUGUUAAUUCAUUCAGGGUUGUUGUUUUUUUCCUUUAAAAAUAAAUGAAGCUUGGCUACUGGAA